UCCUCUGGAUUUUUUUUUUUGCCUUUUCUAGCCCCACACUCCUAUCUGUUCUUCCUUGUUACAGUUACUUCCCUAUAUUUAUACACCUGCGGUUAUAUUCAAAAGCAAAAUUAAGAAUCAGUGGUGCAAGGUGCAACUGCUUUGUUUUUUAAGCAACCCCCACCCAUUUCUCAUAUCAAACGUCCCUUCUUUCUUCUUCUUUCUUUGCUCAUGGCGGAGGUUUUGGACGACGGUGAGUUUUGGCUUCCUCCACGGUUCUUGGCCGACGAUGAUUUGUUUGUGGAUAACGGUGAAGUUAACGACAGUCCUGACAAGGACUUGCUUCCGUACGAGUUACAUUCGGAUCUAAGUUCUCUGGUUGAGUCCGUGGUGGGUUCUACUGAGACAGCCAGUGACGAAGAAGAUUACCUCGUUGGGCUAACUCGUCAAAUGGCUCGCUAUACUCUUGAAGAUGAUUUUGGCGCCAACCACCCUGCGUUUGCCUCUAAAAAUUCCAAGGAUUGGGUAUUGUUCAGUUCUCCCGAAUCGACCCUAUGUGCGUUUAGGUCCUGCCAUGGAAGCUCAAACUGUGAAUCUCGAGUUUCAACGCCGCCGGGAGCACGAACUCUGCUUUGUUCGGCAGCAGAGGAAGCUGCGAGGGUACGAAUGAAUGAAGAAUCAUACGGCGGGUUCAAUAACAAGGGCCUCUUAGGUCCACCAGCCAAAAAAACCUCGCGAAACCCUCACCAAUAUCUUUCAUUGCGGGCCACUGAGCAAGUGCAGCAAAACCAACUAAUGAAACAACAUAACCCACGAGUUUGGGGAGGAAAGAAGCAGCACCAUCAGCAGCAUGUGGUCCAUCAAAACAGUACUAAUAGGCCUCCGGGUUUGUUCCCUUCUGCAUGUCCCCCUCUGCAACCCCAGCCUCAAAAUGGGUCGAGUAUGCGGGCUGUAUUUUUGGGCAGCAAAGGGGAAUGUACUGGAACUGGUGUUUUCUUGCCUCGCCGUACUAGUACAGCUGAACCCCGGAAGAAGCAAGCUUGCCCUGCUUUUUUGGUUCCAGCUCGAGUGGUUCAGGCCUUGAACUUGAAUCUCGAUGAGAUUAACGCUCAGCCCCACCUUCGCUCUCGGUUUAAAGUGAGUGUCACUACUGAUAGUGGUGCUGGUUCGAGGCUUAGAAGUGGUGGGAACAAGUUUAGAAAACAGCAGGGGAAUCAGCCAUGAGAUUCGGUUACCUCAAGAAUGGAAUUAUUGAUACUUUAGAACUUUAAAAAAAAAACAGUAGAAGUUGGUAGUUUAGUGUAUAGGGAAAAUAGUAGUUUAGAGGGUAGUUUAUAGGUUUAAGAACGAAAAUAUGGUUAUUAGGAAAAAAUGGGAAUUGGAUUUUUAGGUGAAAUUAAAGGAAUUUUAUAGUUUCAGGUGGGCAACGCAGCAGCUUUUUGUUUAUUUGGUUUGGGCGGGGUUAUUACUCUUUUGCGACUUUCUGUAUGUUGUGGGAUUUGGGAUAAUAAUAAUAAUAAGUUUUGCAUCUUGUUCAAAUU